GUUGUGAUUAAAAGCAAAUAACUACUGUUUUAUUGUUGUUACAGUAACUGGAGUAGCGUUUGGGAAAAUAUAUAUGAAUAUAUAUUUUAUUUAAUAUUAAUUUUUAAUGACAUAUUUGAGAUUUGUUACCCCUGCUGUAUUUCUGCUGUUUCUCCAUGCAGCGCUUGUUCACUAUCAUGUGCACGAGCGCCCUCUAGUCGCAGAUUUCACAAGUUCGCCGAUUUCAUCGUUUAAAGCUCUACACUGAUUUAUUCCUCUUUAGGGAUUUGAGUGUGGACUACAGCGGGAAGUGUGUGUGUGUAGUUGAACUCAGAGGAUAAUUAAAUAUCAAGUUUAGAUUUGUAUCAACUGUCCAUUGACUGCAUUAGUGUAAUAACUUUGUCUUCCUGGAAGGUUACUGAUCAGCUUAAGUCUUAGACAAAUGUCGACUCAGCGGAAUACAACGGUAUUGUGUCUGGCCUCGGACAACAACACAUCUGAUAACCUAAAAAAUGCAUUUAUUCGGGCAUCCAGGCAUCUAAAGCUUGGUCCUGAUGUGAGUUUGAGUGAUGGGAAGUUGUUUUGGAGUGAUACGUCAAAGGUCCCACCUGUCUUCCAGGAAUGCAUCCAGAUACAGCACCAAAGGAGGAGGACGCAAUGAGUCCCUGAAGAAAGAUAAGCCCAAGUGGAAAAGUGAAUAUCCUAUGACAGAGGGCCAGCUGCGCAGUAAAAGAGAUGAAUUCUGGGACACGGCCCCAGCUUUUGAUGGCCGUAAAGAGAUCUGGGAUGCACUGAAAGCUGCAGCUGUAGCGAUUGAAUGUAACGACCAUGAACUGGCGCAGGCUAUUGUAGAUGGAGCCAGCAUCACACUGCCUCAUGGGUCUCUUAUGGAGUGCUAUGAUGAACUGGGGAACCGCUAUCAGCUCCCAGCGUACUGCUUGGCUCCUCCAGUCAACCUGGUGUCCGAGUGCAACGAUCAUAAUGCGUCUGAACACUCUGAGCUACAGGAGAAGAAGGAGAAGGAGUUCCAGCUGAAGGUGCGUCUCUCCACUGGAAAAGACCUUCGCAUCAGUGCCACAAUGGGAGAUUCCAUUCGUCAGCUGAAGAAACAGCUUCAAAUUCAGGAAGACAUUGAUACCGCCCACCAGCGCUGGUUUUUCUCUGGAAAGCUACUCACGGAUAAAACACGUUUACAAGACACCAAGAUCCAGAAGGACUUUGUAAUACAGGUCAUUGUUAGUCAGCCCAUUGUUCUCAGCUAAACACACAAAACUUUGAACUGGGACUCAAUGAACUCAAACCUAUGUUUCCAUUUAUAUAAAUUCACUGAUCGGGUUUGAGUUUCAACACUUGUCCUUUUCAAAUAUUAAGCACAUUUACAAUUACAUUUAGUCAUUUUGCAGACACUUUUAUCCAAAGCGACUUACAACUGGGGAAUACAUAAAGUGAUUCAUCUUAAAAGAGGCAAACAGACACAGGAAGUGCUCGUAAUACCAAGUUUCAGGCAUUGUUCUCAACAAGUACAAGCUAGAAAGGGAAGGAAAAAAUAAAUAGAAAGACAGUUUUUUUCUUUAAUUUAGGAUGAAGUCAAGUAGUGUUGAAAGAGAUGAGUUUUCAGCUGUCGUUUAAAAAUUGUCAGGGAAUCAGCAUUCCGGAUAGGGGUGGGAAGAUCGUUCCACCAGCCAGGAACAGUGAACGAGAAUGUCCUGGAAAGUGAUUUCUGAACCUCUCUGUGAUGGUACCAUGAGGCGUCGCUCACUAGCAGAUCUCGGACUUCUGGAGGGGACGUAGAUUCGUAAUAGUGAGUGGAAGUAGAGCCUGUGGCUGUUCUAUAUGCUCUAUAUGCAAGCAACAAUGUCUUGAACUUGAUGCGAGCCACACAUUUUCUUGAAUCUAUGAGGAGCUUAAAAGGCCAAAUAUACAUGCAUAUAAGCAUGUGUAAAACAUUAAUAUAGUUCCACAGCAAUUGGAGAGUAUAUUCACAAGAUUUUGCUAAAUCAGUUCUUAAGUUUCUGUUUACUGUAUGCUUAACAAUCCAUAAUUGUAGCAUACUAAAUAUAUAAUAUUAAAUUAGAUACCUUGCCUUCUUGGUUUUAAUAUCCCUACAUAUGUUGUGUGGAUAUUCAUUUCCAUAUUCUAUGUGGUAUCAUUUGCCUUGAUCCCUUGAUUCAGUCUGCUGUCCAUUACUGAGCAGAACUCUUUUUAGUUUAGUGUAUGGAUUUGUAAAAUCUUAUUGGGGCACUAGUCAUAGACUGUUAUGAGACUUUUAUGUAUCUGUGUUAUCUGUAAAAAACAACAACAACCUGUGUUCAUUUUCUGAAGUUCUUUGUAUACAUUUGUUUGUAGACAUGCUUUUAUAAUUUAUUGCAGGACAGACAGGUUAAUUAUUUCUAAUAAAAAUUCAUUUUAAAUGAAUAUGGUUUGUAAUAAAUGUUGAAACAAAGCAACUGGAUCUAAACUGUACAAUUACUGUCAACAUUUCACAAGUUUUUAUUAAAUUUGACAGAUUUUUAUACUGUGGCAAAAGUGUUCUUUAAAUUGAAUUUUUGAUUGAAAGGUUGACUGGCUUCAUUUACGAAUUGGCUUAAGUGAAUAAAAGAGAAAUUCUGUUAACAGCAUUUGUGACAAUGCCAAUCACCACGGAAAGGAUUUAUUUAAGGAUUUAAAAAAAAAAAAGAAAAAAGAAAUUGAUGGAAUUAAAUAGCAAUUUUAAAACGCGUCCGAAUGUGUGUUUGUAAAUACCAGAGAAUGGUUUAUUUUUAACACCAUAUUUUAAUAAACAAUAUAUG